CCAGCUGGGACAUCCCUGGCUCUGGGUUAAAAAGCUGACAGUCCUCAGUCCUGCAGGCACUGCUCGUCAUUCCUUGCUCCAAAGACUCUGCCCCAUGGCUCUGGCAAAGGUGCCUGGGACCUGCUUGCUCACCAUUCGUGUCCUGCAGGCCCAUGGCCUGCCCUCCAAGGACCUAGUGAGCCCCUCUGACUGCUAUGUGACUCUGUGGCUGCCCACGGCCUCCAGCCACCAGCUCCAGACACGCAUGGUCAAAAACAGCAGAAAUCCCAUCUGGAAUCAGAGCUUUCACUUCCGAAUCCACAGCCAACUCAAGAACGUCGUGCAACUCAAAGUCUUUGACCAGGACUUCCUGACCAAGGAUGACCCCAUGUUGUCAGUGCUGUUUGACGUGGGGACUUUGCGGGCUGGGGAGUCGCGGCGCGAGAGCUUCUCAUUGAACCCUCAGGGUGAGGAGCGGCUAGAAGUUGAAUUUCGGCUGCAGAGUCUAACUGAUUGUGAGCAGCUCGUCAGCAACGGCAUCCUGGUGGCCCGGGAGCUCUCCUGCUUGCAUGUUCGACUAGAGAAGGCUGGAGACCAGAAGGAGUCAGAGGGCAGAGUGCAGCUUGUGGUUCCUGGGUCCUGUGAGGGUCCACAGGAGGCCUCUGUGGGCACCGGCCCCUGGCACUUCCACUGGCCAGCCUGCUGGGAGCAGGAACUGAGGAUUCACCUGCAGGAUGCCCCCCAAGAGCAACUGAAGGUGCCCCUGAGGGCCCUGCCCUCUGGCCAGGUGGUGAGACUCGUCUUCCCUACCUCCCAGGAGCCCAUGAUGAGGGUGGAGCUGGAAAACAAAGAAGGGCCCAGGGAGCUGGCUGUGCGGCUGGGCUGCAAGCCCUGUGCCGAGGAGCAGGCCUUCCUGAGCAGGAGGAAGCAGGUGGUGGCCAAGGCCCUGAAGCAGGCCCUGCAGCUGGAUGGAGACCUGCAGGAGGACGAGAUCCCAGUGAUAGCUGUUAUGGCCACCGGUGGGGGGACCCGGGCCAUGACUUCCCUGUAUGGGCAGCUGGCUGGCCUGAAGGAGCUGGGCCUCUUGGAUUGCAUCUCCUACAUCACAGGGGCCUCGGGUGCCACCUGGGCUUUGGCCAACCUCUACGAGGACCCAGAGUGGUCUCAGAAGGACCUGGUGGGACCCAUCGAGUCACUGAAGACCCAGGUGACCAAGAGCAAGCUGGGCGUGCUGGCCCCCAGCCAGCUGUGGCGGUACCGGCAGGAGCUGGCCGAGCGUGCCCGCCUGGGCUACCCGACCUGCUUCACCGACCUGUGGGCCCUGGUCAGCGAGGCACUGCUGCAUGACCAGCCCCACGACCACAAACUCUCAGACCAGCGGGAGGCCCUGAGUCAUGGCCAGAACCCUCUGCCCAUCUACUGUGCCCUCAACACCAAGGAAAAGGGUCUGACCACCUUUGAAUUUGGGGAGUGGUGUGAGUUCUCCCCCUAUGAGAUUGGCUUUCCCAAGUACGGCGCCUUCAUCCCCUCCGAGCUCUUUGGCUCUCAGUUCUUCAUGGGGCGCCUGACAAAGCAGCUUCCUGAGUCCCGCAUCUGCUUCCUGGAAGGUAUCUGGAGCAACCUGUACACAGCCAACCUCCAGGACAGCUUGUAUUGGUCCUCCGAGCCCAGCCAGUUUUGGGACCGCUGGGCACAGGAUCAGAUCAGCCUGGACAAGGACCAGGUCCCCCUUCUGAAGGUAGAAGAGCCUCCCACAGUGGCCGGCAGGAUAGCUGAGUUUUUCACUGACCUUCUGACAUGGCGUCCACUUGCCCAGACCACCCACAAUUUCCUACGUGGCCUCUCUUUCCACAAGGACUACUACCAGCAUCCUCACUUCUCUGCCUGGAAAGCCACCAAACUGGAUGGCUUCCCCAACCAGCUGACCCCUGCAGAGCCCCACCUGUGCCUGCUGGAUGUUGGCUACCUCAUCAAUACUAGCUGCCCACCUCUCCUGCGCCCCACACGGGAUGUGGACCUCAUCCUGUCGCUGGAUUACAACCUCCACGGAGCCUUCCAGCAGCUGCAGCUCCUGGGCCAGUUCUGCCAGGAGCAGGGCAUCCCGUUCCCACCCAUCUCGCCCAGCCCGGAGGAACAGUGCCAGCCCCAGGAGUGCCACCUCUUCUUGGACCCCGCCUGCCCUGAUGCCCCCGCUGUGCUGCACUUCCCUCUGGUCAAUGCCUCCUUCCGGGAGCACUCAGCCCCUGGAGUCCGGCGGACAGCGGAGGAGCAGGAGGCAGGGCAAGUGAACCUCUCUUCCUCCGACUCCCCCUACCACUUCUCGAAGGUGACCUACAGCCAGGAGGACACAGACAAGCUGCUCCGUCUGACGCAGUACAACAUCUGCAACAACCGGGAGCGGCUGCUGGAGGCCCUUCGUGAGGCUGUGCAGCGGCGGAGGCAGCGCCGGCCCGAGUGACAAGCAGUGAAUGGGGGUGGGGAUGCUGUGACUUCCUGGGGGGC